AUGGCAAGCAGUUAAAUAGAACUGCAGCAUCCUGAACACACAGUCCAGUUCCUCCUUUACACUGAUGAAGUGUACAGUUGGGAUUUUGAGAGAGAUUUACUUGUGCAUAAAUGUGUAGAACCAGAACAACCAUGGACAAGUGGAUUCUGAGCUCCCUGGGGAAAGGUCCUGCCAGACGGAACCUGUUUGGCCCAGUGGACCAUGAGCAGCUGCAGCAGGAGUACCAGAAUGCCUUGCGCAGAGACCUGGAGGACGCCUGCCACCGCUGGGGCUUUGAUUUCCUGUCAGAGAAGCCUCUGGCUGGGGGAGACUUCCAGUGGGAGGGGGUUCUAAGCACCAAGCUGCCUCUCCUCUACCAACCCUGCCUUUUGGGUCAGGAGGAGGCACAGAGGGAGGGAGGCCUGGUGGCCAUCACAGGGAGGGUCAGGGCAGGGCCAUUGCACCGUGGCAAGGAGAAUAUCCCUUGCACCCCUGAGAAGUGCGUAACCAACCACCAGAAUCUGGAGAAAACACCAGACAAGAAGGAGAACACGAACCACAACGAAAACAGACUGACGACGAAACAGACCGAAGACUAAACAGACCAACCUCACAGGCAGGAGUGUUGGUGUCGUGUGUGGAUGUAGGGGUUGGUUUUUGGGGAUGGGUUAUAUGUUGGUAGGGUUGAACUGCUGGUUUACUUUAAAAUUCCAUUUUGAAUAAGAAGUCCAAUGCUGACAAGGCCUCUAUUGGUUUCUGUCUCUGCAGAUUUCUACCAAGCCAAGAAGAGAGUGGUGGGUACGCAGUGUAAGUCAGGCCAGUGAUUUCAGGGCACACAGUCACAGCUGCCAGGGAGCCAACAGUCGGGACAGAACCACAGCAAACACUACUUCUCGCAGGAACCCACACACUGCACAGACACUGGACACAUAGAGUGGAUACUUACCUGGAGGAAUACAUAACCAAUACUUUAGACAAAUGCAGGGGGAAAUUAAACAACCUCUUUUAUUGCAUCCAUUACCAAUGCAUACUGUAAAAAUACAUAAAUGAGAUCCAUGUAUGCUUAACUGAUGUACUAAUGAUUUCAAUGUAAGGGGGCUUGUGUUCUUCCUGUGGUGAGGGAGGGACAUUCAAGUGGUACAAAUGAUGCAUCCAUGUUCAUUUGUGAGUCACGUAAGGACAUCCUCUAAAACCCUAUGACCUUUUGGUGUAAAGGGGACUUUUGCUAUAAGAGCUCACUGUCUGGACAGGUAAGUUCCUGUCUGACAUUCCACAGCACUGAAAUGGACCAAUCAAAGCCCUGCCUCUGGGUCUACCCUUAACCCCUCUUGUCUUGAUGACAUCUUGAAAUUAUGAAAACAUACUGUUUAUGGUAAAGGUUGAAUCUACUACAAUAUACUGUCACAUUGAGAGGACUCAUUGAAAAAUGACCCCAACAACACAAUAGCUUUUUACAAAGUAUUUGUGGUUCAUAUGUCCAAAUGUAUUGAUUGAUGUUAUUUUAUUUCAUGUUUUUUCAUUAUGCUGUAUUUCUUGUGAAGAGCGCCAGAAUCAUGUUAUUGUCUGUCUUUUGCAAGCACUUCCUGCCCAAAGUAUGUAUUUUUGUACAUAUUGUGUACAUUUGUGAAAUCUCAACAUGUACUUAUAGGAAACUAGUGGAAGAGUACCGUAAUGAAUAAGACUGUUAUGCUUAUAAUGCAAAUUCCUAUAUAAGAAAUGUCACCAAUGUCCCCCACCUUCUAUCUAACUGAGACAUUUUGCUAUAAUACUCCUGGGAAUUUGUUGAUGGGUACCUCCCCAAUGCUCUUUCAUGUUUUUCUGAACACAAGGCCAGACAUGAAAGUUUCCUUUGAAUAGUAUCAGAGAUCUAUGUUUUCUUUCAGUGUUGCUCAAUAUUUUUUAAUUUUGCCCACAGCAGGUGCAUCAAGGGACUCAAAUUAGUCAAGUGCAUGUAUGGUAUUUUAAUCUAAACAGGGAAAUUGAUUGCUCAAAAACACAUAGCUAUUUUAGAGUAUGCUACAGCCAAGUGUAAGUGCAGUAAAAUACACAUUAAGUGUUUUUAUCUGCCUCAAACUAAGGUCCAUCACGGACCACGGUUAUUUUUUGUUAUGAUGGCUGAUCCUUCUGCUAUUGGUCAUUUGAAUGGGGGUUAGACUCGUAUCUGUCAUGACAAUUCUUCUAAACUAAUAGCUUCACAGACCCUGAUAUUCUGCUUAGAACAUGCAUUAACACCAAAAAAUGCAUUUGUGUUUAUAGAUGUUGGUGCACAACUAAAAUAUAAUUUAUUGUGAAAUAAGGUAGAUAUGUGUACUUGGUUGUUAGAUUUGUUUUAAAUAAAUACAGUAUGUAUAUAUUAUCCUGAAGUACAUUUAUUGUUUCACCUUUGGGUGUCAUGAAAAUCUUUUGACCUGAAGAUAAGUAAACAAUAUUUAUAAAAAUGUUUCUCUCCACCUCAGUCAGGCAUCGAUUCUGAAAUCAAACAAAAUAUUUAUGUAAUACAGAUCGUAGUUCUAUGGAACCAUAUUUAUACUGAACAAAAAUAUCAAUGCAACAUGUAAAAGUGCUGGUUCCAUGUUUCAUGAGCUGAAAUAAAAGAUCUCCGUAUU